AUUCUCCUCUCGGUCUCUCUCUCUCUAGCAACUCUAUAGGCUGGCUCUCGGAUCAGGGAGGAUGAAUAAGGGACCGGGACUAUUCGCCGACAUCGGCAAAAAGGCCAGAGAUCUGUUGACCAGAGAUUACAACACCGAUCAGAAGUUCAGUAUCUCCACUAACUCUGUCUCCGGCGUCGCUCUUACUUCCACUGUUGUUAAGAAAGGAGUUGUCCAUGCUGCUCAUGUUUCUACUCAAUACAAGUUCCGAAACGCCCUCUUCGAUCUCAAAAUCGAUACUGAUUCCAAUGUCAUGACAACCAUCACAAUCACCGAGAUCCUCCCCUCUACAAAAGCCAUCGCUUCCUUCAAAGUUCCUGAUUACAACUCCAGCAUGCUUGAGGUUCAAUACUUCCAUGAUCACGCGACGGUUACAGCCACUGCAGCUUUGAAACAAAACCCUCUCGUUGAUCUAACCGCUACUCUCGGUUCGCCAACUAUCUCAUUCGGUGCCGAAGCUGGAUACGACACCACCUCUCGCUCUUUCACCAAGUACAACUUCGGAAUCAGUGUCACAAAACCAGACAAAUGCGCCUCUGUAAUACUUGGAGACAAAGCAGAUUCGAUCAAAGCCUCUUACCUUCAACACCUAGAUGAGUCCAAGAGGAGCGCUGCGGUGGGAGAGGUUUACAGGAGAUUCUCCACGAAUGAGAACGUGAUUACCGUCGGUGGAUUGUAUGCGGUUGAUCACUUGACGAGUGUGAAAGCUAAACUGAACAGUAAUGGUAAGCUUGGAGCUCUCGUGCAGCAUGAGGUUCUCCCGAAAUCGAUCGUGACGAUCGCAGGGGAGAUUGAUACCAAGACGUUGGACAAGUACCCGAGGUUUGGUGUCUCGCUUGCUCUUAAACCUUGAAGAGAGCAGCUCAGUAGAUACAAGUAACCAAGGAUUUGUUGUUUUCGGUUUAAUAAUGAGGUAAAACUUCUCUUGGAAGAGUUAUUUUUCGGGAUUUGUUGUUUCUAGGCUAUUCUUGAACAAUAUGCUCAGUGAAACAAUUAUAUCAGUUUCUUUCCCAGGUGAAUUGUCCUAUUUUCGGUUUGGGAACGAGAGACACUCAUGGAAGAUUGAUCAAAAAGCAGAAUUAUCAAUGCAUUCCGAAGGCACAAUGUUUUGUAGUGUGACAACGAGAAUGAAAAAAAAAC